AUCUUAGGUCAUGAUCAUACAUAUGUGUGUGUUAUCGGUAUCGGUAUCGGCCUUUAGGAGCUGUAUGUUAUCGGGUAUUGUGUAUCCCUAAUAUAAAUGUGUAUGUCAGGUUGCAGCUCAAGCCGACUUUUGACGGGGAUCUCGAGGCAUCCCCAGGCCAGUGUUGAGCUAUAAUCUCUCUACCUAGUCCUGGGCCUUCCACGAGGUCUCCUCCAAAUUGGUCGUGCGUGGAACACCUCCCUAGGGAGGUGCCCAGUGGGCAUCCAUACCAGAUGCCCGAACCACCUCAACUGACUCCUUUCUAAGCAGAUGAGCAGCGGCUCUAAUCCGAGUUCCUGACGGAUGGCUGUGCUUCUCAUUCUAUACCUAAGGGAGACACCAGCCACCCUCCUGAGAAAACCCAUCUCGGCCGCUUGUACCCGAGAUCUCUUCCUCUCGGUCACCACCCAUCCCUCAUGACCAUAGGUGAGGUUAGGAACGAGGAUCGACGGUAGAUCAAGAGCUUUGCCUUGCGGCUCAGCUCUCUUUUCGUCAGAACGGUGCCGUUAAAUGAACACAAUACCGCCACCAUUGCUCUGAUUCUCCUGCCAAUCUCAAGCUCCAUCGUACCCUCACUCACGAACAAGAUCCCAAGGUUCUUGAACUCCUUCACUUGGGCUAAGGAGUAAUUUCCUACCCGAAUCCACCGGUUUCCUGAUGAGAGUUAUGGCCUCAAAAAUACACUGGUCUGUUAUUUCUGCAAACAUAAUAAAAGGCCGUUGCUAAGGACACUAUUGCCAACCGUAAAACACACUUUUUCUUUAGUGGAAGCAAUAAAUUCAUUUUUUUGAAUAGAAUACAAUUGAAAUUAUAUUUCAUGUAAAAAUAUUGAUUUCUUUAGUAGGUAGCUGUGUUAUAAGCUGGUUAAUGCGAGCGGGUCAUUAUCGUGAAAUAUCCCUAAUACAUGUUGAUUUUGCUGUACAUUAUCUCUAAAUAUUAGACAGGGGAGGAGGGAGCAAAGGGCAAAGCGAAAGCAGAUAGAGGGAGACUGAGGAGAGGCAAGAGGGAGACAGUGGAGGAGAGGGUGAGAGAGAAAGGGGCUUCCACAGCCUCUCUCCUAUUGGCCAGGCAUGACGGCAUUCUCCCCGGAGACCACCCGCCCCCCCUCCUCAGCCCUGCCUCAUCUGCUCUCUCUCAUUCUCCUCCCCUCUCUCUCUAUGCCUUAGCCUCACCUCCUCUCAUUUUCCGUCUCUACCAGACACCAUCCCGCUAUGCGUUAGCAGCAGCAUUAGCUUACGUUAGUAUUAGCCUUUAGACUUUAGCUGUUAGCCAAGGUGCAAUAGAAGCCCAGUGAUGGGAGGCCUUUUUUCCCUCCCAGGACUGGUCGUAUUGCUAGCUAAAUAGUUAGCUAGCCUGUGGACUGUUCUCUACCUCUGCGAUUCUAUCCUUUCUCCUCUUGCCACCUCUAAGCCUCCUGUGCCGCCUCCCAUCUGCCUCAGCCGAGGAGUGAAAGGCCCCAAGGCUGCUGCUUAGCCCCACCGCUAGCUGCUAGCAUCACAUGCCUCAGCUGGACAGAGAGAAAGAGAGACUGCUGUUGUGGAUCCUCUGCCUUCGCCCCAGCUGCUGCAUUCUGGACAACCACUCGACUGACUGAUUCACACGCAGAUCUGUUUAGCUUCCACUGGAGCUAUCAGGAUUCUCAGGGACGGGUUUGCGAAGUUCCCAAAUGUAGGAGGGAGAAGAGGGCUGAAGGGAGAGGUGGAGGGCCUGCUCAUAAACAUACACUGGAUGCUGAGUGUUUCACGCCUGUCGAGAUUUUGUGUUUCCUUGUCAAAAUCCUUUUCAUCUACCCUUGAUGCUUUUAAGCGAUAAUUUAGUCAUAAACAAAACUAGCUCUCUGUGUGACCCUCUUUAUCUCUCCCACUCUCCGUCUCACUUCUGUUUUUUUAUCUUUCUAUCCUUCCAUCUCUACCCUUUAACUCGGUAUGUCCCUCCACUCUCUGAAUCUCUUUCCUCCAUCCAUCAGUAGUGUCCAUUAGAGGAGAGGAUUCAGCUGUUCCUAGAUCAGCAGGCAAGACGGCACCAAUAGACCUGGUUGGUUGUAUUUAAAAAACAAGACAUUCUCCUUUCCACUCCUGUGAGCUAACCUAAUUAUCAAAGCAUGGCUAUAACGGGGUCAUGCUAACUGGGGCAUAACAGUGUCCUUCACCUGCCCACUGGUGUAGCAGCUCUGUUGCUAAGCACAGGUUGGCCGGUUAGGGAAUAAGAGGGACUAUCAGGUAGGAGCGAGGGGAUGAGCAGUUACAGGUUCUUGUGACGUGGGCUUCCUGCCCAGUAUGUCCUACUGGGAGUUAUAAAUCAUGACAGGACCAAAUCCGACCCGUGAUGCUAAGGAUGUGGUGUUACCAUGCCAACAGAUCUCUGGACUAUGACAACCGACCUCCCCCCUCCCCCACAGUUCUGCAGAGGCCAGACUGAAUCAUAAGGAUUCCUGAGCUCAGGACCACACAGGUUCUACAAGCAUCCACUUUCGUUAACUCUGCCCUGCAUGUGACUCCUGCUGAACUCCAAACCCUCACCCAAUUGUCCACCUGGCUCACGACCACAACUCCCUGAAGCCUCUGGGGCGCUCGGACGACAUGCUGGAACCGACUGCUGCCACUCUGGCCCCAGCAUGGGACCCGCUGUCCUCCUCCUCAACCACCCCCUGUCCAACACCUCUCCCCUGCACUACACCACCUGCGGUGCAGCUGGCCCUGGAGGAUGGUGGGAGCAAAGCGGAGGAUGAUGGGGCCCAGGCUGGGCAGGCCGGAGCAGAGUCUGUGUGCCGGGUGAUGGGCCUCCUGGGCAUGGGUCACCGUCUCUUCGUUCCCAAGCUGCUGGCGACGUCCAAGGAGGACCUGCUUCAAGCGGACUUUGAAGGAGCGCUAAAGUUCUUCAGAGUGCAGCUUCCCAAGCGCUACAGAGCAGCAGAGAACGCUCGCAGACUCAUGGAGCAGGCCUGCAACAUCAAGGUUCCCACGAAGAAGCUGAAGAAGUAUGAGAAGGAGUACCAGACCCAGAAAGUGAGCCAGCUACAGCAGGAGGACCCCAUAGACCGCUACCAGAGGGAGAACCGGCGACUACAGGAGGCCAGCAUGCGUCUGGAGCAGGAGAACGAUGACCUCGCCCACGAGCUAGUCACCAGCAAGAUCUCCCUGAGGAACCACCUGGACCAGGUGGAGGACAAGGCUGAUGUUCUGAACAAAGAGCUGCUGAACACCAAGGAGCGCCUUGUGGAGACAGAGGAGGAGAAGAGGAGACAAGACGAGGAGACGGCGCAGCUGAAGGAGGUGUUCAGGAGAGAGCUUGAGAAAGCAGAGUCGGAGAUCAAGAAAACGACAGCUAUCAUUGCGGAAUACAAACAGAUCUGCUCCCAGCUGAGCAGUCGCCUGGAGAAGCAGCAGGUCGCCACUAAAGAGGAAAUGGACAUCGUACGGAGUAAGGUGAUGUCCUGUGAGAGAUGCAGGGAUGUGUUUUGUGCUGAGGGACCCCUCCACACGCUGGCCCCGAGCCAGGAGGGCCUCAGGGCCAGCCGGGGAGAUGAUGAGAAGGACUCCCUGAUGGAUCAGCUGAGGGAGCUGGAGCUUGAGCUGGCCCAAACCAAGCUGCAGCUGGUGGAGGCCAAGUGCAGGAUACAGGAGCUGGAGCACCAGAGGGGUGUGUUGCUGAACGAGGUCCAGGCUGCCAAGAACUCUUGGUUCAGUAAGACUUUGGGCUCGCUGAAGAACUCCUCCUCUGCCUCCACCUCCUCCUCCAGCACCUCCCAGUCCCAUGGUCCCAUCUCUCCCAAGGAGGGCACCUCCUAGGUCUACACCUAGAUCCCGCACACCUGGACCCCACCUCCACCCCUCCCCCCUACACCUUGUUUGAAGGAAGGAUGUAAAAUGAACAGCUAAAGAGUGCGAGCUGCAGAAUCAUUCUGUGUUCCCUUUUCAUUGGUCUAGAAGCAGGAAAAGGGCAGAACUCAAUGCUUUUCCGUGUUUGAUUAGCUGAAUUUUUUUUUUUUGUUGCUUUCACCUUUCUCCAACAUUAUGACUACUGCAAUCCUGUCUCUAGGCUUACUGCCCACAUGCUUUCAGUCACUGAUUGUUGAAACUGAUUUAUUCAAAGCUUGCUAUUGAAGAAAUCGUAUUUGGUUUCAACUGCUCCCUCCUGUUGCCAGACAUGGCAAAUGCAGAGUGAUGGACAAUUAUCCAUUGUUGCCAUGUGAUUAUGCUAUCAAGAACACGUUGAAUCUGUAUUUAGUGUCCUACCAAUAGGGACGUAUCUUACAAGACUAACAUUCUUCCUCACUGACAUGGCUGCUUCAAUAACCCUCUACAGCUCUGCAAGAACGCGUUCAGAAAUACACUCAAAACCUUAGCUUCUUUAUGGUUAUACUAUAAGUAUACAACGUUGUUAUAUAAAUAUGUAUAUGUACUAAUUCUUCAUGGAUUCUUUUUUUUUUUAAUCUUUGUACAGGAAUGCUCUGCUUAAAUUUAUUUUUGUUGUGUUAAUUUUAGGAUUAGAAUUUUUGUCUUUGGUAAUGUUGAUCCAACAAAGCACAGUGGCUUUGAAGUCAAGUUCAUAUUCUUCUGCUCCGAAAACAUUCCCUUAAUGCCACCGCCCCCAGCUAGGACAGACAGAUCCUAACUUCCCAGCUAGGACAGAUUGACAGACAGAUUCUGACCCUAACGACUCCAGCUAGGACAGAUAAAUACCCCAAGUAGGACAGACGGACAGGCUGACUCAAACAUUGCCUAAUGAUUGUUUCUGAUUAACUUUUUAAAGGGGUGUGUUUCAGUAUUUUAACCAUGUCCAUAUUCAGCAUUAUAAUACAAGUAAUUUUAAGUCCUCCAGCCAAUCACACAGCCAUUUUCACAACUUCAUAUUUCACAAACACUAUAGUUGUACCGUUUGUAGUACCAACUGAUCCUUGUGUUCUGGACGUUGAGCGGAGUUCAUUCAGUGUUAACUGAAGUCGGCUGCCAAGUUUUACUCCGUUGUUCUCCAUUAAUUACGUCACAAAUUCAGGUAAGUUUGGCGUGGGCGGAAGGUCAUAUUUAGAAUUUUGCAGAAGGAAGCUGCAAUGAGUCCUGAUCAAUAUGUAAUUCCUGUGCUGUAUCCAAUAAUAAAUGUACCUUCCGAUGUUCAACACACCAUUUGUUUUUUUAUUGAACACUGAGCAGACAUUCAAUAUUAAAGCUGAACUUAAUAAGAUGUAAAGUUAACAUUGUUUAAGGCUUGUUAAAAACACAAAAGUGUGAACAUUACAGUACGUAUCUUUAUACUUGUAAUGCAAUGUAAGAUGUACUUUAUUAGUCCCUUUAUUAGAUAUAAAAAAAAUCAAGGAUAUGAAGGUUAUUCUACAAACCAUAAUACACCUAUAGACAAUGGAAGGUUCACUGCAGCCUAUUCCUGUGAAUUUAGAGGUUUGCAUCCUCAUUGGUUGUUAAAGUCACACGUUAAGGUACAGCCACACUGAACGCGUUACGAGCGUUAGAGGUGUUGAAAAUCUGCAUUUUUGCAUAGGGAACCAUUGGUUUAGGUGCGUAUAUGCGUUACACGUGCUAAAGCUGCGCGUUGGGCGUAACGCGCCAAAAUAAUUCUGAUUUUCAACGCCUACGCACGUAACGCGUUCAGUGUGGCCGUUUGUUAUGCGAGCACUAACUGGGAAUUACUGCGGGGCAGCUAAGUGAUGCGGUCAAUGUAGUGAAACUGAGAAAACAUUAGAAUAUAUCCCACCUUUUUUGUCCAGAAAAACAGACAAUAUCCUAAAGAAAAAAACAAUACAUUUAAUGUUACUCAAUUAAGCUGCAGUUCCGUUGGGCAGUUUAAGAAAUAAUGAAAUAGUAAUCAAACAAAUAAUUAUAUUUGCGUUGCAGGCCUGCAGAUAAUCUAAACGUAAAAUAAUCUAAACACUAAACAUAGUUUCCGUACAACACAGUAAUGAAUCAAGUAGAUAUCUCCAUAAAAUAAAUCAAAUUUAACUAAGAUAUUUAGUCUGUAUCUAUUUGAACAGUUGGCGAAAGUUGUUCGAACGGUCACAAGCAGUGGCGGCUGGUGAAAAAUAUUCUAGGUGAAUUCUAGAAGCUUUCGGUAACUAUCCCAAUAAAAGAAUCCAAACCAAAAGGUACCAUUGUUUUAGGGAUAAACAAUAUUUAUUUAAUUGCCCUUUAAAAACAACAGACAGAUAAUGACAAUGAUAUGAGAUGUAUAUUAGUGAAUACUCUUGAUACAAAAUUCAAGUUCUCGAGAGACCUUUACAAGUGGAUGAUGAUUAAAAAUAACUAUAUACAAAGAAAAACUGUCAUAGGAACAUAAAAUGUACCAUUUGGAUUAAAUAUAUAAGUGAAUACUCUUAGUACAAAAUUACAAUAUCAUUGUAUAUUAUUGUAAUAUUUACAGGUGGAUGAUUAAAGUUAACUAUACACAGAAAAACUGGUAUAGGAACAUAAAAUGUACCAAUUGGAGUCUAAUCAGCGUUUAUGUCUCACUCCCUUGAAACCUGGGGACUGUGUGUAAAUACUGAGUUGUAUGAGUGAGUGAGUAUAUGUGUGAGUGUGAUUGUGAGUGAGUAUAUAUGCAAGUGUGUUUGUGAGUGAGUGAGAGUGAGUAUGUGUUUGUGAGUGAGUGAGGGAGUUUGAGAGUGUUUGUGAGUGAGUGUGAGUUUGAAAGUGUGAGUGAGAGUGUGUGUGAGUGAGUUUGAGAGUAUGUCUGUGAGGGAGUGAGUGCUCUUAUUUGUACAUGAACUUUGCUCUUCUGUUUUUCUUAGUGGCAAACUUCUCAAUGACUUUGGCGUUAAAGUCAGGAUUGUUCUGUAUCAGGUUUUCCUCCAUGGAGAGCAUAGCAUAGUAGUGCGUUCAGGCGGUCUUGUGCCAUGGGGUUCCUAAGGAAUGUUUUUAUCUUCUUUAAAGUAGAGAAGCACCUCUCUGAUUCUGCUGUGGUCAUCGGUGUGAUGAUAAGAAUCUUUAAAAGACUUACAGUCUCGCUGAAUGUGUCCUGAAGGUUGUUUUCCAUGAAAACCUGGAAGAGAGCCAGUGCGCCACUGCAAGCCUUAAAUAGACCAGGGACAAUUCUGUCUUCAGUUUGGCCUUGUCCAGUGUGGGGUAGGCUUCCACAGGGGUUUCCAGCGCUGAAUAUGGGAACUUUACGCUGUGUUGGGGGAACAAGUCUCCUUGCAGCAGAGUGGCACUGAUGAGGUGCUUGGUGAAAGAGAACCUCUCCUUGGCAUGACUCAGAAUGGUAUCACAUACCUAUGAAAUGAUACAUCAUUUAAAAAAAAAGGUCACUACACUGAAUAAACAGUAUAAUUAAAUGUUCAUAUAUCACCAUGUAAAUAUCAUUAGCAUCUGACAAGGGCAAGGACAGCUUAUUGUUAAAUAUCAUAAAUAUGAAAUAACUGCAUCUAAACAUUUUAGCGUGUUAGCUUUUUUCAGUAGCUGUAUGGUGAAUAGUUCAUAAUAUUUUAAUGCAUAGGCUAACUGUUUUAUACAGGAAUUUAAGACAAACAAAGAUACCAAAAGUAAAACACCUCAUGUCCUGUAUAUAGAACAAUGUUACAGCUUACCUCUGUAGCUAACCGGUGCUGCUCCUCUUGGCCUAGGGCCUUCCGUUUCUUUGUGGAUGGCUGCUGCACAGAUAGAGGAACGGAGUCCCUGAUACAAAACAGAUAAUUCAUAAGUCGCUGUGCACAAUUACAGUUUCAGAAACCUGCUGGAGAUAUAAAAUUAGUCCAGCUCUGUGUAUUGUCACUACAUUAAUACAUUUUUACUAGCUCAUCCGAACUGGAUUGUCUUUAAAAUUGUGAAAAAUGGCUUAGUUAUUAUUAUCAAAAUUAUGAGUUAUUCUACUGUGUUCAGACAUGUAAUUAAUGUUUGUUCUUUUCAUAGACAUUUUAUCAGUCAAUGUGAAAAAUGACAUAGCCUACCUGAUAGCUUGUAUGCUGUUGGUGAACCUCUGAAUGACUCCUGUGAUGUAGACAGAGUCGAUGUCCCUCUUUUGCAGCUGGUUAAACAGCAUGUCUACAUGUGCCAUGAUCUUAUGAAAAAAUGCAAGAAAAAACUAAAAUAUUCAUCUUCCAGCAUCCUCUCAAAACCCCAAGCUUCUCUCACAGUUGUUGCAUCAAAUUCACCAUUCUCUCUGAUGGUCCGAAAACACUUCAGGAGGUUGUCCUUGUGCUCAAAAAUGGUGUUAACAGCACGACUGUGAAAGUUCCACCUUGUUGAUGAAGCUCUAGGAAGUCUGUGUGCCACCACUUUAUCAAGCACAGCGGUUCGCUGGGAUGACCUGGAGAAAAACGCAGCAAAACCACCCAGAUCUGAAAAAAAAGCACCGACCUUGGUGAUAUGGGAUGUUGCCUGCUGCAUUAUCAGGUUGAGCUGAUGAGCAUAACUGUGUACAUAGUGGGCACUCCCGUACACGUCUUUAACUUUGCACUGCACUCCACCUGUGACUCCUCUCAUCAGAGCAGCUCCAUCAUAGACUUGGGCGAUUAAUUUCCCCCGUUGUCCCUCAGGAAGAAAAGUGUUCAGCCUUUCUAACACCGCGGUGGCGACUGUCAGCGGUCGAGUUUGGAAGCUGGAUGAACUCAUAAAAACGCUCUCGGACUUCAUUCAGGCUGUCAAUGUAACGUAGCACAAGCACCAGCUGACAGUGGGUGGCAGUGUCUGUUGUUUCAUCUGCCUGAAUAGCCAGAUAAUCUGCCCUUUUUACAUCCUCCAGAAUGCAGUCUCGAAGAACCGACAGCAUGCAGUCCAAAAGUUCGUUUUGAACUGUCUUUGAGGUGCCUUUAAAGACAGUGGCGGUCUUCAGGUGCUCCUCUAACACACCAUCCAGUGACGCCACAAGAUCGACUAAUCCCCGAAAAAUGCCAGGGUUGUUGGAGGAUGCCGUCUCAUCGUGGCCCCGCAAUGCCGGGGCCUGCCCGUAAUUCCGACACCUCAUUGUUCCGACGUCUCAAUGGUCCG